AUGAGCGACCCCGUCAUCAGAACCGCUUCUCCCUACACUGAUCCCAAAGUCAAAGGCCCUCCAGUACAGCUUCUCUCGUCUGUGUUCAACCACGAUAACGUCAACAAGACCAACCUCCACCCUGGUGGUGUCAAGCCCCAGGUCGAGCACACUGAGCUUGAGGAGGAGCUCCAUCAAAAAGCUCACAUCGACUAUGACAGAGUCGCCAUUAUCGCCAACCCUUCAGUCGCUUCCCUCUACGAGGAUGCCCUCGUCUACGAGACCGGCACUGCCAUCACAUCCAGCGGUGCUCUUACCGCCUACUCCGGCAAGAAGACUGGCCGUUCUCCCUCAGAUAAGCGCGUUGUCAAGGAGCCUUCAUCAGAAAACGACAUCUGGUGGGGACCUGUCAACAAGCCCAUGAGCCCCGAGGUCUGGAAGAUCAACCGCGAGCGUGCCAUCGACUACCUCAACACCAGGAAUCGCAUCUAUGUCGUCGACGGUUAUGCCGGCUGGGAUGAGAAGUACCGUAUCCGCGUCCGUGUUGUCUGCGCUCGCGCCUACCAUGCUCUCUUCAUGCGCAACAUGCUCAUCCGCCCUCCCCGUGAGGAGCUCGAGCACUUCCACCCCGACUACACCAUCUACAACGCCGGCUCUUUCCCCGCCAACCGUUACACUGAGGGCAUGUCCUCUUCCACCUCCGUUGCUAUCAACUUCGCCGAGAAGGAGAUGGUCAUCCUCGGUACCGAGUACGCCGGUGAGAUGAAGAAGGGUAUCUUCACCGUCAUGUUCUACGAGGGCCCCGUCAAGCACAACAUUCUCACCCUCCACUCCUCCGCCAACGAGGGCAAGGAUGGCGAUGUCACUCUCUUCUUCGGCCUUUCCGGCACUGGCAAGACCACCCUCUCCGCCGACCCCAACCGUCGCCUCAUCGGUGAUGACGAGCACUGCUGGUCUGACCGCGGUGUCUUCAACAUCGAGGGUGGCUGCUACGCCAAGACCAUCGGUCUCUCCGCCGAGAAGGAGCCCGAUAUCUACAACGCCAUCCGCUACGGCUCCGUCCUCGAGAACGUCGUCUUCAACCCCGAUACCCGCGAGGUCGACUACGAGGACGCCGCCCUCACCGAGAACACUCGCUGCGCCUACCCCAUCGAGUACAUCCCCAACGCCAAGAUCCCCUGCUUGUCGCCCAACCACCCCAAGAACAUCAUCCUCCUUACCUGCGACGCCCGCGGUGUUCUCCCUCCCAUCUCCAAGCUCAACUCGGCCCAGACCAUGUUCCACUUCAUCUCCGGUUACACCUCCAAGAUGGCCGGUACCGAGGACGGCAUUCUCGAGCCCCAGGCUACCUUCUCCUCCUGCUUCGCCCAGCCCUUCCUGGCCCUGCACCCCAUGCGCUACGCCAAGAUGCUCGCCGAGAAGAUCGAGAACCACAACGCCAACGCCUGGCUCCUCAACACCGGUUGGGUCGGUGCCGGCUUCGCCCAGGGUGGCAAGCGCUGCCCCCUCAAGUACACUCGUGCCAUCCUCGACGCCAUCCACUCCGGCGAGCUCGCCAACGUCGAGUAUGAGAACUACGAGAUCUUCAACCUCCAGGUCCCCACCACCUGCCCCGGCGUUCCCUCCGAGCUCCUCAACCCCAAGACCGCCUGGACCGCUGGUGCCGACUCCUUCGACACCGAGGUCAAGAAGCUCGGUGGUCUCUUCCUCGAGAACUUCAAGAAGUACCAGAGCGAGGCUACUGAGGAUGUCAUCAAGGCUGGUCCCGUCGUUUAA